CCUGGAAUGUUGACUCAGAGUUAGAGAAUCUAUUAACUCUCAGUAAAGGCAGACAUGGAGCUUGGCUCAACGGUGAGUGCUGUGAGGAGUCAGAGGGUACUGCUGGGUGACGAAGUACGUCCUGCUGUCAUUGUGAUAAAGGAUGGGAAGAUUCAUCAGAUACUCUCAGACAUUUCUGUGGAUGUCCCCUGUGAGGUGUUGGAUGUGGCUGACAGUUUGGUGAUGCCCGGCAUCGUAGAUUCCCACGUUCAUGUGAAUGAACCGGGCCGCACCUCCUGGGAGGGGUUCUGGACCGCUACCAGGGCCGCUGCAGCUGGAGGGGUGACAACCAUUGUGGACAUGCCACUAAACAGCAUCCCUCCGACCACCACACUUGGCAAUUUUCGCGAUAAGAUGCAGGAGGCGACAGGGAAGUGUUUUGUGGACACAGCCUUCUGGGGAGGUGUGAUUCCUGGCAAUCAGCUAGAGCUUCGGCCCAUGAUCGAGGCAGGAGUGGCUGGCUUCAAGUGUUUCCUCAUCCACAGUGGGGUGGAGGAGUUCCCCCAUGUGACUGACUGUGAUCUGCGGGCAGCCAUGCAGCAGCUGCAGGGCACAGGAAGUGUCCUGUUGUUCCAUGCAGAGAGGGAUGUCCAGCAGACAGCUGUAGAGGAUGGAGACCCUUCUCAGUAUUCCACCUUUCUGCAGUCCAGACCAGAUGUCAUGGAGACGGAGGCCAUUCGCACCAUCACAGAACUCUGCCUGGAGUUCCAGGUGCGCUGCCACAUCGUUCACCUGUCCUCUGCAGAGCCUCUGAAGCUGAUCCAGGCUGCGCGUCAGGCCGGAGCGCCCCUGACAGUGGAGACCACCCACCACUACCUCAGCCUGUGUGCAGAGAACAUACCUGCAGGGGCCACACAGUUCAAGUGCUGCCCCCCCAUCCGAGGAUCUGCUAACCAGGAGCAGUUAUGGUCUGCACUGAAAGCUGGGCAGAUUGACAUGGUGGUGUCGGAUCAUUCCCCCUGCACCCCCGAUCUGAAGAAGCUGGAGAGUGGAGACUUUACUGAGGCAUGGGGAGGAAUUUCCUCUCUACAAUUUGGUCUGCCUCUGUUCUGGAGCUCGGCCAGUAAGAGAGGCUUCCAGCUGAGUGACGUGGUGAGACUCCUCAGCAGGAACACAGCCCAGCUCAGUCGCCUUGACAACCAGAAGGGCAGCCUCGCCCCCGGUUAUGAUGCUGACCUGGUCAUAUGGGACCCUGAGAGAGAAUUUGAAAUUCAAGAAAAAGGCAUACAUCAUAAAAACAAGCUGACUCCUUACCUUGGCGUCAGGCUGCAAGGCGUGGUGUGUGCCACCCUGCUCCGGGGACAGCUGGUGUACAGAGAGGGCUGCUUCUGCACCGAGCCUCUGGGGAAACUGCUCCUCAUCCCCCAGGAAGGAUCUAUCGCCACUGUGAAGAAAAAUAGCAACAAGCUAUAAUGAAAUCAUACAUAAUUAAAGUGUUUCAUAAAAACAAAUUAAUACUUAUUAUUGCGUUCUUUUUCAGGAA